AUGGCAGGGGUUGUUAAAGACCAAAUCAAUGUCGUUGUUGGGGCCCCAACAGAAAACACUUUUGGCCCCAAAGAAUCGAUUCCAGGAUAUAGUGAUCUUACGUGGGGGACCGACCUUACUCAUCUACACCCGUAUGUCUCAAGUUCUGAUAAGGCCUCAUCUAUCAUCCAUCCUAUGAUGAAAGUGGCCCAUCAAAUUCUUGAUUCGCUCAUCGCCCCUAGAGAAGAGCGAAGCACCAUUAGCGCUCUUGAGCUCAAAAUACUCUAUGCUAUGACCCAACCGAACAAUAAUUUCAUUCCUCACUAUGGCUCAUUCCUUUGUAACAAAUUCACCCGCCUCAGCACAUCCUGGUCCGACAAAAUAUCUAGUGGUGGCAUUGUCAGUUUAUUUGCCAACAGAGCUUCAGUCAGGGCCCCAUAUCCCAAAAUUCACCAACCUUUUCCUGGUGAGACCUACCUUACCACGGGAGUUCUUAAGUCUAUGAGAAUGCUUCGGGCAGAGGAUGGGAACCAUAAUUGGACCAUGGGUCAAAACCACGAUCCAAGGCUCAUCAUCACCCCUGAGAACUGGGACAUCCUUUCCCUCAGGCGUCCUAACUACUUCACCGAUUGGAAAAUCACGCCAUAUCUCUUCCCCGACUCCUUCUUCGAAGAGGAAGAUGGAGAAAGUGAUGAGAGUGGCGGGGCGGCACCACAAAAUUCUCCUCCAAUGGGUGGUGCCAACUCAUCCCAUCAUGUUGGACACCCAUCAUAUCACCAAUAA